UCAAUAAGAACUCGAGUGUUGUUGCUGAAGAGAAGUGAAGGUGUGGGGAGGGGGAGUUGAGAGAAGAAGAAGAAAAAAUAAGAAAUGGAUUGAGAACGAGCGUCGUCGGUCGUCGUAUUCGUGAAGCGAAACGUGAAAGACGACAUUCUCCAACCGUUCUCGCACCGCGAAACAUAUACACACACACACCUCCGCGUCCGAAGAGUUUUUCGGUUCUCCUCAUCAACUUUCAUGCGACGUCGGUGCAAAAGUGCAGUGAAAAACAGGAGUUAAAAACGUAUCAAGAAAACUUUAAACCGCCGAAGAGCGAGCGAGAAAGAAGGAGACGCAAGGAGAAAGUUAUUGCACGCUGCGAAAGAGAUUGUUGCUGCUGCUUCCACCUGGAGAAAACUCACAAUUAUUGCUAUCAUCAAUCCUGCGAGCGAAUGAUGCGAGAAUAUCCGUAUCUUCUCGUCCAAGAACAAUAGAGACAGACAGAGAGACGAUCCGACAAUGCGAGCAGCUUCCAAUUGCGAAGAGAGCAACGACGAUUAAUUUAUUUUUUUUUGCGCGCACUCUGUAAUCAAUCCGCGAACCAAAUCCGCGAACAAUUGCGCAUCGUGAUUUUGUUUCCAUGGUUGCAUCAACAUGACCGUAUCGCAAAUGGAGCACAAGAAUGGCAGGAAAUCUUCGUGGGACUCGAGGAUGUCCAUUAGCACGGUGAGCACCGGAACGCGACAGUACAGACGAUCGGCCAGCUCCAUCCUCUCUUCGGACUCGGACAUCCGGUUCACUCGCAGGAAACUCAGCCCGCAAUGCAAGUGCGGCUGCUGCAUAAUCGCCAGCUUCCUGCUGCUCCUGCUGGCCGCCGCCGCUGCCGUCUACUUUGGAUAUACCUAUUACUUGUCGCAGCCACCGGAAGAGCAGAUAUUCCGGGCCGCCUUCAAAGUCGUCGAUGGGGACGUUUUCACGGCGGAUCUGGCUGAUCCGUCCACGGAUCAUUUUAGAGUAAGGUCGAGAGACUACAAAGAAAGACUGAAUCUAUUAUUUAGGAGGAGCGACCUGAGACACGGUUUCGCCGGCACCGAUAUUUUGGCUCUAGACGGAACGGAAGGUAAAGAUUUGAUUGUGCACUUUAGCGUGCACAUAGAUCCGAUGUACGCGUCUGUGGACGCAGAGGAUCUUCACCAAAUGAUUUCCAAAGAGAUUGGCCUCGAGUCUGCUUACUUCCGCAACAUCACCAUCGACCCCAAGAGUUUGGAGGUAAUAGAGAAUCAUCAGAUGCGAUCGACGACCGUCGCUCCGUCCACAAAGUCCUUCGUGCCUGAAGCGGUGACUCAGGCGCCGCCGCCUCCGAGAAAAUGCAGUCCGCUGCAGCUGAACUAUUGCAACAAGUUGACCUACAACACGACGACGUACCCGAAUAUUUUGGGACACGAGAGCUUCAAGGAUCUGAAGGAGGACGUGAUCAGCUUCAGGGAUUUAGUUGACGCGGAAUGCUUCAGGUUGGCGUACGACUUUGUGUGUCACGUGCUUCAACCCGCUUGCAGAAAGGGCAAACGCGAGGACGAGAUGCUCCUACCCUGCAGGAGCUACUGCAGGGACUUUAUGACAGGAUGCGGCAGUAGGUUGACGCCCAGGCUGAAGGAGGGUUUGGAUUGCAACAGAUUCCCGGAGUUUGGAAGCGAUUCGAGCUGCAUACCUAAACCAGAUUGCGUACAGGAGAUGCAAACAAAAGCACUAUCGCCUCGAAUCUGCGACGGCGUUGUCGAUUGCCAGGACACCUCGGAUGAAAGGACGUGUGCGUACUGUCCACCGGAUCAAAUCCACUGCGGCAUCGGUAGGGCCUGCAUCAAAGAGUCGAAGAGAUGCGACGGCAGGAGGGAUUGUCCAGAUGGAAGCGACGAACGAGCUUGCCUGAGUUUAUCGCCUAGUGUCGGGCAGCUGGCAAAAGCGAAGGUCGUGACGCCGCACCUCGCGCGCUAUCACGCCUCUGGAUUUGUGGUCUUCAACGAGAAGGGCGAGAUGGGAAAGCUCUGCACGGAGAACCUGAACAGAACGCUGCCAGCCAAUAAAUCCACCGAGAUCCUGCACACGGUCGCAUCGUCCCUUUGCAAAACCCUUUCAUACGAGAAACUGAAAUCGGUGUCGAUCGUAAAGGACGUGGAGGAGACGGAGGCGUACGUGAGCAUGAAAGAUCCUUUGGCUAAUGAGAUUUCGUUCGUUCGAACUCAAUGCAAAUCUAAGGACGUGCUUAAAGUCGAGUGCGGCGAUUUAGAAUGCGGUACGCAGAUCACGCACUCUAGCUCGAGCGAUCCGGUCCUCUCUAAGAUGUCCGUCCACGGAGAUUGGCCUUGGCACGUUGCACUCUUCAAGGAGGACGUCCACAUCUGCGACGGAACGCUGAUCAACCCAUCAUGGGUGAUAACGUCCGUCUCGUGUUUCCAGGGGCAACCGAAAGCCGAAUGGCUGGUGCGCGCCGGCACCGUGCGUCUGUCCAGUUCGUCGCCGUGGCAACAGGAGAGGAGGAUCGUCGGUAUGGUCAAGUCGCCGGUGGAGGGAUCGACGAUAGCCAUGGUGAAGUUGGAGGAUCCGCUCAUGAUGACGGAUUUCGUGCGGCCGAUCUGUCUUCCGGAGAAGAAGAUGAAGCAGACGACGGAGGGUGUGCUCUUCUGCAAUACAUUGGGAUGGGCGAGGAACAGGGAUCAGCUGCAGCGAGUGCAGAUCAAGGUGAAUCAGAUGGAGAGGUGCGAAAACGUGAGCAUCUCGACGGUGAACAGUUUGUGCACGGAGACGGCGUACGGCCAGGAGGAUUGCAACGAGGAGGAAUUCGCGGGGACUUCAAUGCUCUGCAUGUUGCCGGACGGAGUGCGCUGGUCAUUGGUCGGCAUCACCAAUUGGAGGAUAGCGUGCACGAAUAGCAAGGGAGCGGUGGGCAGACCGAGGAUGUACGAUAAGAUCUCAUCCAACAUCGAUUGGAUCGAGGAGACGAUUGGAGCGGACGACAACCCACUUUAACCAAACAAAAAGUAUACGUCGUCGUCGCCGCCGCCUUUCUUUUUUACGUUUUUAACUUAAUUUAUUAUUCGAAUUUCUCGUCUCCCCCCCAUCCCCUAAAUCCCCUUUCCCAACUUUUUAACACGUUUCAAUUUGAAGUAUGUAUAUAUAUACGAGAUAGAACCAAAAUUAUUGCUACUAAAAACCUUAGUUUGUAUAGACCAUGUAUAUUAUCAUUAUUUUUUUUUAUAUGAAUAAAAAUAUAUAGUUAUAUAGUU